AACGACGCAUAGUCCGAAAGCAAGUCUGUCCCGAAGUGUUUCGUUUCUGUGGGGCGUGAUUAUCCACUUCUCCUACUUCCUUUCUCAUGUGCCAGUUUUCCUCUCCGGCUACCUCAUACGUGGCUGCUGGAGGAAAAGAGGAGAAAAAAGUUGUGCUCCUAGAAGGCAGCUGCGGCCGGACCUUUCCUGCCUUUGGCUGCCGGUGGGGAUCCUGUCUGGCGUACGGGGCAAGGCAGCGUGCAUUAAAUUGGCCUGGAUGGCAGGGAUACUCUGGUGCAAAGACUGCUUAAACCAUAAGAAUUACCAGUUACAUGGGUUCUUCGGCCCAUGGGACAGAUGAAAGUUGAACACGGUUGGAGGCCCACCUGGGCUGUAUCUGCUCUGUUAAUCAUAGUCACUCUACUGAUGCUUCCCUUUGAGGUGGCAUCAGGCCGGAAAAUUAGUCAAACAACCAUGGCUCACGCAACAGAUACGGCUGCAGGAUCCGGUCCUAACUUCACUGAUGACCUUCAAGGCCUCCAGGCCCUAGCAGACUUCCUAGCUAGUGAGCAUGCUCAUGUUUGGGUCUUGUCCCUUGUGGGCUCAGUUGUUGUAGGCCUCAGUGGGAUUUUCCCCUUGCUCGUCAUCCCAAUCGAAGCUGGAGCAGCCCUGAAAACCGAAGCUGGACACCAGAAGCUAAAGAGGCUUUUGAGCUUUGCUAUCGGUGGUCUUCUUGGUGAUGUAUUCCUUCAUCUCCUCCCUGAAGCAUGGGCGCUCUCUGGUUCUUCAGCCACCAGAGAAAAACACUACAUGACACAGGGCUUGUGGGUAAUCACUGGCCUCCUGACAUUCCUUCUCCUAGAGAAGAUGUUCUCAGACCAAGAUGGACACAAAGAUCCACCAUCACAUUCAGACCUGAAUUUUAACUCGACUUCAAGUUCAGCUUGCAGUGGAAAGGCUUCUGUGUUACAUGGAAAUGGGUCUCAGCCUGAAUCACAGAAAUAUUCCAAGCAUCAGAGUCUGCAGGGAACAUAUGAGAAAAUCAAGACAAGUGGCUACCUGAACCUCCUGGCCAACUGCAUUGACAACUUUACACAUGGACUGGCUGUCGCAGGGAGCUUCCUUGUAAGCAAAAAGGUUGGCUUUCUCACCACCUUUGCCAUCUUGCUCCAUGAAAUCCCACACGAGGUGGGUGACUUUGCCAUUUUGCUCCGAGCCGGCUUCGACCGGUGGAGUGCUGCCCGUCUGCAGCUGUCCACCGCGCUGGUUGGUGUUCUGGGGGCUUGCUUUGCUUUAUGUUCUCAGUCACCAAAAGGCACAGAAAAUGCAACUUCCUGGAUCCUUCCGUUCACCUCCGGAGGCUUCCUCUACAUAGCCUUGGUGAAUGUAGUUCCUGACCUGCUGGAAGAAUCCAGUUUGAGGCACUCCCUACAGCAGACCCUACUCAUUAUCUGCGGUGUGGCCGUCAUGGCUUUCCUGUCAACCGUCUCUGUUUGAAGAUUGAGGGUUUCUCUUCUUGCUAUUGUGCCAAACAGAAAGACAACAUCCAAAAACAAGCAAGACAUUGUCACUACUUGCUAUAUCGGAAAACGGUUCUUCAUGAACUCUUAAAAUCCAUCUUGGUAGCCAGAUUACACCGCCCGGAUAUUGCCGUGCGUCAUGGUAUGCCACAACAAAUUGCACUUUAUCAAUCAAUGACAACAUCAAUCUUGAGACAGGACAUUUUUAUUUGACCUUGGACAUUGUGCCAGCUCUAAACAUCAAGGAAAGAUGAUGAUUUGUAUGGAUUUCUGUUACCAAGUUGUCUUAAAAUGUACAUCUAUAUGUUUGCACAUUGGGUUAUGGUGCUACAUGCAAUCCAAUCUAGUAGAAUUUGCCUAUUGUAUUUAUCCUAGGAAAAAAAGCGUGUUGCUCCUUCAUAUUUAUUUAAAAAAAAACGGAGAGAGAGAGAGAGAGAGAGAGAGAGAGAGAAAUGCACCAUACGGAAUGUUAGUGCACCACUGCACUGGCAAUAUUGUUCUGAGUGUCAACACUAAUGUCACCCAAGUAUAUUUUUAUCUGUCCACAUGCCUUCAUCAUCUCAACACUAAAACUAUAAUUGCAUCUUUUGAGCAUGAUUAUCAGCCUCCCAAAUAGCCUAUUUAUCAACCAUACAGGAAUAUUUCUUUUUCUGGUGUUUGUUCUAUCCCUCCUUUCAACCAAAGAUCACCCAUCAACCGGAUGAGGAGAAGAUCUAUCCCAAGAUAGGUCACUGCAAGUAUACCAUCUCAUGAUAUGUUGACAAAAUACCACAUUGGCAAUCACAGCUUGAAGACAUUACGUCACGCAAAAUUGAAGAACCCGAUAGCAAGUUUCACCCUUAAGUCCCGUCCACCGUGUGUCAAUGCUGCUGAGGUCCUACGUGUGAAAAUGGCAAAUAGAAAUGAAGAGACGUCCCAUAGACAUGGCAUUUCCAUUCCGGUUCCUUUUCUGCAGCUUGUUUGGCAAGCGCGUGUUGCCAUAACGACUCCGCCGCAGGUUGUCGACUUUAGUCAUCAGCCGAUGAGGUGCGCAUAGUCUGUGGGAGGCUUUUCAGUUACGGAACACGAGGACAACAAAGACUCAACGUUUGAAUGGAAUGUGAUGUCAAAUUUACAUAAAAUCUAGAAGCGGUGAUGACAAGCUGAUCUGUUCCCAUCAUGCACUCCUCAAAUAUUUUGUUACCAAUUGAUACCGGAAUAUUUUGUUACUACCUUAGUACCUUAUCUGUACUAUCGUACAUGACUGUCCCAAACUUUUGUUUUACAUUUGUUUUAACUGAGAGUUAUUUUAGAAAUGGCUAUGUAAAAUUACUGACGCUAGUUCCAAUUGGUUUUAUUUAUGAAACUUUGUGGCAACUAUUUUUUUUUUUUGUAUUCACUCUUUGGAGGUAGCCCAACUGAAAAGUUCACAGUUGCAAACAAAUGGCCAUCUUCUAUUUAGGUGUUUUCUGGCAGGUCAAAUGAAAGUUGGUUCCAUAAAUAUUUGUGUACGAUAUUGUGCCUUUCUCAACCACUCCAAUUAAUUGGAAUAAAACGGGAUGCUCUGGAAGUUUUCCAACUAUAUGGCAUUUACCAGAAACAAUGACAGCUAUUUUAUAUAAAUUUCAUGCUUUUAAGUGCCUCCAUUCUCAGGGGUUGUAAAAGUCUAUGCAUUCUAAAGAGAGCUAUUUUUAAUACUUCGGUGAAAACCAAUUUUGUGGCCAAUGGUCCUAACCAAAGUCUGAUUUGCAUCCCUUGUGAGGUUUUGCCAGUUUUUUUAAAAUAUAUAUAUAUUCAGCAGCUACCUUUGCUGCUUGUUAACGGGAUGUGCUCACUUCACUUUUGUCUGCUUUGGGACGAUCCGGCUGGUUUGUCUGCUUAUUGAAAACCAUUCAUAUUUCGGGCAUCGCUUGACUGUUACAAUGAUGAUAAUGCCCACCUCCUCCGGAAUAAAAUUAUUUAUGCUUGUC